AUGGCAUCGAGGUCUCGUUCUCCUGCUCCUUGUGCAGCAUGCAAGCUACUUAGAAAGCGUUGCUCAGAGGCCUGCAUCUUCAUUCCCUACUUCCCACCAACCGAGCCUGAAAAGUUUGCAGCUGUGCACCGGGUUUUUGGAGCUAGAAAUGCAAGCAAAAUGUUGAAGGUAUUUCCAACAGAACCUUCUUAUGCUGAUAUACCAGCUAAUUUCAGGGAAGAUGCAGUCAUCAGUAUGGUUUACGAAGCAAAUGCAAGGCUUCGGGACCCUGUCUAUGGUUGUGUCGCUUCUAUUGCUGCAUUUCAGAUUCAAAAUUCUCAGCUACAGAGGGAGUUAACUAAUGCCUUGGCCGAGAACAUCGCACUAAAAAGUCAGCUAUCUGAGGCACAGUUUUUGUUGGCGCACUUGAGCACUUCGCACACUUGA